AUGCUACUAAUGAUGAUUGUAUUAGGUGGUGAUGUUGAUGAUAUUGCUAAUGAUUGUAUUACUCGUACGAAUGAUGAAUAUUGUUUAUUAUUAUUUGAAGAUCUUCCAUUGGAAAUUAGAGUUCAUAUUUUAUGGUAUUGCUCAGGUGAUAGUUUACAAUCAUUGGCUCAAGUGAAUCAUUUUUAUAAUCAUUUAAUAUUUGGAGGAGGAGGAAAAUCAAUGAAUUCAGAUGAUGAAUAUUCUGGAUAUAGAAACUCACUUUGGAAAUCAAAAUUGAAAGGUUUAAUGAAUCUAUGGGUUGAUCAAAUCAAUGAAAAUAUUACUAAUCAUUUUGUAUACACGAGUAUGCUGGAUAAUUUUACAGAGAAUAGUUUAGAUUCGUAUAUUAAAAAACAAUUAUUUAAAGAUGGAGAAAACAAUUAUAGAGAUUUGGUUAAACAAUUACUUGAAAUUAAAUUUAAAUAUCAAGAGGAAGCUACUUGUGAAAAAUCAGAUACUGGAGUUACUAUAAAUGGAAGAUAUAUUAGAAAUAAUGAUAUCAAAGAUUGGAAUUCAUUUCUAUGUCAAAAUUAUUACUUGACAAAUAGAAUUGAACAAGUCAAUGGUCUAUUUACAUUCAAGGGAUAUGAAAUUGUUAUUAAUGAAUAUUUUGCAUGUCAAAAUUCAUGGAGAAUUUUAUUUGGAAUUGGAAUUGAUUUUAAUACAUUUAAUAAUGACAAGUCUACCACUCAAUAUUUGAGAGAAAAUAAGGGAUUUGCAUAUAUAGUUGAUAGUAAAAGAGUUAAAAUACUUGGGAAUCACAUUUCAGAUGCUUCCAAUAUUAUCGACACUGAAAUUGUUAAAAUUGGUGAAAGAUUUUCACUUUAUAUUAAUUUUGAGGAAAAUUUAGUUUACUUUUUCAGAAAUGGAGUUCAUGUCAUGACCAUUGAAUCAUCUAUGGAGGAUAAUGUUAUUUAUUAUCCAAUUAUUGCAUUAUGUCCAAAGAAGGCAGUUACUUUGUAUCCAUUACUUUCAUGUAAUUAUAUUUUGAAUCCUAAUGCUCCUAAAAGGGGUGAAAAACCUCGUUUGUAG